AGAGCAAAGUGGUUCUUCUUCGAGACGCACACUCUUUCCUCUGAAUGCGAAGAGCAGAGAAGAGCCAGGGAGAAGCGGAGUAAAACCCUAAUGGUGAAGCUCACGGCUGAUUUGAUCUGGAACAGUCCUCACUUCUUCAAUGCCGUCAAAGAGCGAGAACUGGAGCUACGAGGCAACAAGAUUCCCGUGAUCGAGAACUUGGGCGCUACUGAGGACCAGUUUGAUACAAUUGAUCUUUCGGAUAAUGAGAUAGUUAAGCUAGAAAACUUUCCACUCCUCAACCGCUUGGGAACUUUGAUCAUUAAUAACAAUAGGAUCACCCGGAUAAAUCCCAAUAUUGGAGAGUUCCUACCGAAGCUGCACACUUUGGUUCUUACUAAUAACAGGCUUGUGAAUUUGGUUGAAAUUGAUCCCCUUGCUUCCAUUCCAAAGCUCCAGUACCUUAGUUUACUGGAUAAUAAUAUCACCAAAAAGCCGAAUUAUCGCCUGUAUGUGAUUCACAAGCUGAAAUCACUUCGAGCUCUGGAUUUCAUCAAAGUCAAAGCCAAGGAGAGAGCUGAAGCUGCGGCUUUGUUUUCAUCUAAGGAAGUAGAAGAGGAGGUUAAGAAGGUAUCUCGGGAGGAGGUUCAAAAAGUGUCAGAUUCUACAGAAGAACCAGAUACUCCAAAAGUGGUGGCCCCAACACAGGAGCAGAUUUUAGCAAUCAAGGCUGCAAUUAUCAACUCCCAGACGAUAGAAGAAAUUGCCAGACUCGAACAGGCUUUAAAGUUCGGCCAGGUUCCUGCAGGCAUGAUAGUUCCUGAUCUUGUUCAUUCCAACGUAGCCACAAAAGACGGGAAGCCUUCAUCUGGUGAUCCCAUGGAGGAAUAGAAAAUACGGCAGUUGCUCCUCAAGUCGUGGUCGCUGCUGCUGGAAUGCUCAGCAAUUAUUUCUGACAAGCUUCACGAUCCUGUUAGGUUCUCGUCACAUCCUAGGAAACUGUAAACGACUUCUGCUCAAGAGAGCUGUUUUUGAACCCUUGAAAAGAAUGAUAUAAAAGAUUGUAAUCUUUAGUCUGCACACAUAUUUCCCAAUGUUAUUUUCGCGUUAUACUCUUCUCAGUUUUAUAUGGCUUUUCAUCGAUCG